GCGGGGCGGAGCCGGCCACGGAGACUGGCCGCGGCCAUGGCGGAGUGGGGGCGCGGCCAGGGUCAGAACGGUAUGGAUGAUAUGUUAGAUGUCGAGAACAAGCGUAUGGCAGACAGCCUUGCCACCAAAGUCACCAGGCUGAAAUCGCUGGCACUGGAUAUUGACAAAGAUGCUGAAGAUCAAAAUCACUAUCUGGAUGGCAUGGACUCAGAUUUCAUGAGUGUGACCGGCCUGCUGACUGGGACCGGGAAGCGUUUUUCCAGCAUGACGCGAUCAGGGAGGGAUAAUCGCAAACUACUCUGUUAUGUUUCUGUUGGACUGAUUGUCGUCUUCUUCAUCCUCUACUAUCUGGUGUCGAAAGCACGGACUUGAGUGAGGUCCUUGUAGUGGAAUUUUUAUGGAAUGGAAAGCUGUGACAAUGUUAGACUUAUUCAAAGUCACCCUCAGUUUAUCCUGCUGAGAGAUUUCUGGAGGAUCAGAUAACAAGUUGGAGUCCAAAGAAGCUGUUGUUGUGGGUGGUCUUGGACAUCUGGGUCAUAUAAUUUUUUUUCUUAAUAUAAGGUGAAUGAUUCAUUCUAACCUUUUUUAAAUUUAUGUAUGACACAAUUUGAUCUUGUUGAUAGUCAGCUGUCAUCUAUUGUCUUGCUAUCUAUAUCCUUCAGCCCUCUUCUAUUGAUUUGUCCAUGGCCUCAGUGUUAACUUCACUGUCUUCCCAUGCUGUUAAUAUGAAGGUUUGUGAUCAAAGUAAAUCCAUAACCAUAACAUGGGCAAUUGGCCUGUGCUCAGUUCACUUAUAAAAGCAGAGCAUGUUACAAAGCUGAAUGUGAGCUUGGGAAGCAGACACUCCUGGAUUUUAAGCCAAAUCUUUUUUCUGACUUUGUUAUGGGGAUGCCAGUGGUAUUUCUGCGGGUUAAAAUAGUUUUGUAUAGUGCUUUGAAGUUCCAAAUUGCAUGCAGGGUAGGCUUGGAGCUAAAUACCUUCUUAUUACAUUGAACUACUGAUGGACUUGGGGAUAGAGUGAGAUGUUACUAGGAUAAGAGUUUGGUUCUACUGAUUAUUUUUGUAGUAGAUGGGGAGAAGAUUCUACAGGAGAGAGCUGGCUGGUGUUAGUAUUUUCUUUGUAUCAUAAGUAUGUGUGAGCGAUUAUAGGUAUGCAUGGCUUUCCCAUUGCAACCAUUAAAGACCUGAAACAGCUGAAAACCUAGGGAGCAGGGAAGUAUUAAUUUGCAGUGUCUAAAAGAUGAUUUGAAGUUGCUUUAGGCCUUGUUGUAUGCCUUUGACAGUUGGUACUAGCAUCCUCAUAAAUUAGCACUUUGGUAUGUGGAGGAAGACAUUUCUUACACAAACUUAGAGUUUAGGUAACAGGGUAAAACCUGGCCCCAUCUUUUUUAAUAGGAAAAGGAGGAGCAAAGGAUUUGACCAAAAGCGUGAUUUUAAAAACAGAAAGUCGCUUCAAAUACUCAACUUGGUUUCUUCUCUAUAGCCGGUCUGGUAGAUAUUUAGCAUACCACUAGUUGUAUCUUUCUGGAAUAAAUAUAUGAAAAAGUAUUGUCUGUUUAAAGCAGUCACUCUCUAGAGUGUUCAGGACUUUGAGAUGCAACGCACGUGUAAAGCCCUUAUUCUACUAUAAAGCUGCAGUAUUCUGUACAUUAGAAAGCUGUGCAAAUAAAGGCUGUCUCGGCCACUCCAUCUUAUGGUGUACCAUAUGCUAGUUAAGAAUGUUCCUUGAAAAACACCAUUCUUCUCCCCUUUCAUGGAAUGAACUUGCCAUUACUUCACCCUUCAUUCUGUUCCAGGCCUGUUCUCUCAUAUCUGAAUUAUUUAUAUCUUCCUUCAAUUCCAUCAAAUCAUGUAUAACUAGUAAAAAUACUGCUAUAGUAGGGUUUGGGCCUUUUAAAAAAAUAGAAUAAAAAAAACCCCCUUAUUGUACAAAGCAACUCUGCCAUAAAUGUUUUAUAGUGUGUAUUUUGUCUGAAAUUGUUUCCCUGUAAGGAUUCUUAGCUCGUUUUAUGCCAACCAAAUUGCUGGACCAAAAAACUAUUCCUUUAUGUACUCAGUCUUUCUGUAUCCUGGCCAAUUUAUAUUCUCUAAUUCCUAGGUACGUUUUUCAGCCUUGACAAGUGAUGUGCAGUACAUCUGAGGAGUUUUUUUCUGACCCAAGAACACUGACAAAACUGGAUGUAAAUCUGAAAUAAUAAAUCAAUCUCCUCCUCCUCACCUUGAAUCUUGAUCUCAUAAUAAGCUAGCUAACCUACUUCAACUUAUCUUGUUCCAGAGUUUUGAGACAGAAGGUGCAGUGGGUAUGUGUGGAGAAGGAGGCUGUGGUGACCCAAUUCUGUUUUGCAUUGUUUUCUGUGGCAAGACUUGGCAGUUCUGAGCUCAUUUUACAUUCUGAAGGGUAAAUUGCUUGGCUUCAUUCUGUAAAGUAAAUCCCUCCUGAUGAAAGGAUUCCAAAUCACUUCAGCAGUGAUCUGCUUAUUUUGCUUUUUGUGCUGAAAAUAAAGUUGUACUGUUUUAAGAGA